AUGUCCUCAUUUUUGAAUUCCGCUGAAAUGAGCACGACUGCCCAUCUCAAUUUGCCGACACUUGACGAUCUAAUCGCCAAGUUUGCCAUUCAGAAUCAAGCUUCAAUGCAGCUGUUUCAAUCACAGAUGCUGUGCCAAGCAAUGGCUUCACUAACCCCCACAAUACCCACUGUGCCGCUAUUCAAUUUCUGCAAUCCGGACCUUCUCCAACAGAUUCUCAAUGUGAAUCCGGCCACGUUAGCAGCUGUCGCUUCCCUUCAGAACACGGAGACGUCCACAAAGAACGCGGCGAAGAUGCGAAGAGAGCACACAAUGCAGAAGAGCAUGUCGCUUGAUGCUGAGAGCAGCUCGUCAUACGAUGUGAAUCACGGCGAUAUUAUUGUGCCGAGUAGCGAUAAAGAAGGAUGGUGUCGCAAUAAGAAAUACAUCGAGAAAACCGACACCGGUUUCAUGUGUACAGUAUGCCGCAAAGUGUACGGUAGAUAUAAUUCAGUGUCAUAUCAUGUCACCAUUUACCACAGAAAUCCACCAAUCAAGUGCAACAUGCCGAACUGUCAAUUCACGACCAGAGAGGCUAGAUAUAUUCACUUCCACAAGUACUACAGACACGGAAUCGCUCUUCCACAUAGCAUUGAUCAAGGAUCUCGAAAAUGCCCACACUGCAGACAUGUGUCGAAAAGUCCCGCAAUGCUAGAGAAGCAUAUCAAACGGCAUCAGAUCAGAGAAGAUCAAAUUGAUCCAGUGGAAUCGAUUCGGAAUCGAACUGCGACGAUUUCGGAGAUCCAGGUCGAAGCAAUGGACGUCGAUGAGUUUGAGACAAAGCCGAGAAGUUGCACACUUUAA